AGUUCAGAGGCCUCUGCUGACCUCUGCCCAACCUCUCCUCUGCACCCAAGCCCUCAAUGGUACAUACAAGAGCAGAGGAAGGCAAGGACUAGGAGACAAGAGAGAGGCUGGAGACAGGCUGCAAAAGGGCUCAGAAUCCCAGCACACCUCCCUGUCCCAACUCUGUCUACCACCUGCUGUGGCCACAGCAAAAGAAGAGAGAGCUAAUAAGACAAAGUAAGGCCGGGUACCUUGUGGAUAGUGGUGUCGUUAGCUGUGACGCGUAAGAUGUCUCAAGAGAUGGGAGAGCUCACCCAAACCAGAUUGCAGAAGAUCUGGAUUCCACACAACAACGGCAACAGCAGGCUGCAACGGAGGAGGGGCUCAUCCAUACCACAGUUUACAAAUUCCCCCACGAUGGUGAUCAUGGUGGGUUUACCAGCUCGAGGAAAGACCUACAUCUCAACAAAGCUCACACGCUACCUCAACUGGAUAGGAACACCAACUAAAGUGUUUAAUUUAGGUCAAUAUCGACGAGAGGCAGUGAGCUACAAGAACUACGAAUUCUUUCUUCCUGACAACAUGGAGGCCCUACUUAUCAGGAAGCAGUGUGCCCUAGCAGCCCUGAAAGAUGUUCAUAGCUAUCUCAGCCAUGAGGAAGGUCGUGUUGCAGUUUUUGAUGCCACCAACACUACCAGAGAACGACGGUCACUGAUUCUGCAGUUUGCUAAAGAACAUGGUUACAAGGUCUUUUUCAUUGAGUCCAUUUGUAAUGACCCUGAAGUCAUUGCAGAAAACAUCAGGCAAGUGAAACUUGGCAGUCCUGAUUAUAUAGACUGUGAUCGUGAAAAGGUUCUGGAAGAUUUUCUAAAGAGAAUAGAGUGCUAUGAGGUCAACUACCAACCCUUGGAUGAUGAACUGGAUAGCCUCUCCAACAUCAGCUCCUGCUUGGACUGGCCCAGCCACCUGUCCUACAUCAAGAUCUUCGACGUGGGCACACGCUACAUGGUGAAUCGUGUGCAGGACCAUAUCCAGAGCCGCACAGUCUACUAUCUCAUGAACAUUCACGUCACACCCCGCUCCAUCUACCUAUGCCGGCAUGGUGAGAGUGAACUCAACCUCAGAGGCCGCAUUGGAGGUGACUCUGGCCUCUCAGCUCGAGGCAAGCAGUAUGCCUAUGCCCUGGCCAAUUUCAUUCAGUCCCAGGGUAUCAGCUCACUGAAGGUGUGGACGAGCCACAUGAAGAGGACUAUCCAGACAGCUGAAGCCUUAGGCGUUCCCUAUGAGCAAUGGAAGGCCCUGAAUGAGAUUGAUGCGGGUGUCUGUGAGGAGAUGACCUAUGAAGAAAUCCAAGAACACUACCCCGAAGAAUUUGCACUGCGAGACCAAGAUAAAUACCGCUACCGCUAUCCUAAGGGAGAGUCUUACGAGGAUCUGGUCCAGCGUCUGGAGCCAGUUAUAAUGGAGCUAGAACGGCAGGAAAAUGUAUUGGUGAUCUGCCACCAGGCUGUCAUGCGGUGCCUCCUGGCCUACUUUCUGGACAAAAGCUCAGAUGAGUUGCCUUAUCUCAAGUGCCCUCUGCACACAGUGCUCAAACUUACACCUGUGGCUUAUGGCUGCAAGGUGGAGUCCAUCUACCUGAAUGUGGAGGCUGUAAACACACAUCGAGAGAAGCCUGAGAAUGUGGACAUCACCCGGGAACCUGAAGAAGCCCUGGACACUGUUCCUGCCCACUACUGAGCCUUUUCUUAGACAUCAAACUGCCUCUGUCCUUUCUUGGGUUCACCUUUAGGAGCUGCUAUUAUUGCUCUUUUCUUACACUGAGAACACUCUGAACUUGGCCUCACUGGACGAGACCCACUUCCAGUAAAGAAACUUUCAUCAGCUCCAAAAUAGGCCUUGAUUUCUAGCUAUAAACAAGGAACUAUCCAGCUCAAGAUGAAACUUGUUCCUUCUUAAUUCUUAUUCCCUGAUCAAUAAAGACUUCCCUUGCUACCUACAAAAGGAGAAAGCAGGUCAUUGUGAGGCUUCUCCUACAAGAUUUUCUUAAGAUCCUGACCUUAUGAAAUGGCUCUGGUGCUGUAGGGGUAUGGGCUCAGUGAGAAUUUCCUGGAUAAAAGGGCUCUGGAGAAGCAUCUUCAAAUGUGAAGGUGGAGCAUCCAUGUGAGUGCCUAUGGCCUUGUUCCUUGGUGAGCAACAUGACUCACGUACAAAAAGAAUCUGUACUUAGACCACAGUUAUCCUUUCUUCUCCAACUUGUUGCCAUCCUGAUUGAUUUCACCGUCCAUAUAAAUGAUCCAAAUACCCUGGUCACCUAGUGCCCUGCCCCCUCAACUUCAGUGAUCAUCUUCACUUCAGUCAUUCACUCCAUGGACCUUGGUUGGCAUCAUCUAGACUUCUCCCCAGUUUGGCUUCUUAAAUACAAGCAUCUCACUAUCUGACCACUGGCCCCCUAUUCCUUAUAACUCUCUGUGUCAUCCUCCCACACAGCAGGCAUGUAUGUAGUAUUUCUUGAAUGAACAAUAUUUACCCUUGCA